AUGACAAGCGUAACUGCGUUGAUCCGUCAUUCUGGUUUUUGGAACGAUCAGAACUGUUUUGUGAAUUACAAAAUUGAUGCUGUUGUAUUCAUUGAUAAUUGCAAUUACGAUGAGUUAGUUUGUACGAUUACAAAUCAAUUAGGCGUGGAUACUGUUAGGAAAACUAUUUCAAUAAAAUAUAUUGUUGAAGGCGAUUUUCAACCAAUUGAAAUACACAACGAUAUGGGAGUUCGUAUGUACGUUGAGCUUAAGAGAGAAAACAGAGUUUUGGGGAUGUAUCCAAUGUGCGUUAGUAUUCAUGAUUUGGAUGUUGAGGAUGGUGCUGGUAAUCGUAUUAUUGGAGAUGAUGUGCUGCAAAUUGGAUAUAGCGAGAAUCGGGAUGGUAUGAAAGUUUGUGAUUCUACUGUAAACGUUGUUGUUUUGUUUGGGAAUGAUAACAAUUUGGUAAUUUCGAAACCGGAAGCGAAAGGAGUUUUUGUCGAUCAAAUUUACCAGGAUAAGGAAACUUUGAAAAUUGUGAUGACGAAAUACGCAAUUCGUGAAAGAUUCAAUUUCAAAACAGAGAGAUCGAAUGCUAUAAGCUACACUCUGGCAUGUUGGUCGCCGGCAGUGUUUUAA